GCGUAGUUGCAUCCCAGUGUGUUAUCAUACGUGUGGUUUAGACUUUGGUCCUCGCUCUCAUGAGCAGGAAGUUUGAGGGUAUUUGUACUUUUUUUUUUCUUUGUGCGAACGGGUUGGAUGAGGUCUUCCACAUGAGAACUGUUGGGAGGGCAACAGACCUUAAGAUGAAGCGGUGAAGACCUUACGGGACACGUAUACAAGGGUGUCAUCAAACUAAGGAAUGUAUCAGAAUAACAGUCCCCGCGGCCUCCCAUCAAGGGGCUACUCACCAGAGGAACCCUCAUCUCGAUCCAGCACUAUGUCAAGACCAAGUGCUAAGUCCAUUUACAUGCAGAGGAAGGAAUAUUCUGAGUCCAUUACAAAAGGUCCUGACAAUUUCCAAUACAGGAUUGAGCAUCUCAUCACAUGCGACCUGGAUGGCCAGCCAGCAAGUACUGUGAACGACUGCUUGACAAGUCUCAAACAGCUGGACUCAAGGAGCAAAGUGUGGGCCCAGGAUAUGCUUCUGGAAGUGCAGGGCAGCUACCUACAGCUGAGCGACAUUGAGACCAAGGUAGAACUGGAUUCCAUACCGCUUGGCUCCAUCAGAGACACAACAGUCCUGUUAGACAGCUGUGCCUACAACUCCAUCCUGGCCAUCACAGUGCAAAAGAGCCCCCGCAGGGCGCCGCAGGUCUUCAUGUUCCAGUGCGCAGAGACCGGGGCCAAGGAUAUCAAGGACGAUUUAGAUCAGACUAUACAACACGGAGGCAGUUUUGGACCUGAUCCACGCCAGCAGAAAGACCUGCAGAGAGACAUCAGAAGCGACUUGGAAAACAUUAUUGGCCAGAAAUACCCUGGAGGUUUCUCAAAUACUGGGAGCAGAGAGCCCAGACAGCCAGAGAGAAUACCCUCUCCACCAGAUCAACCUCCACAUCACUGGAACAAUAUAAAUGAUUAUGAUGACCAAAGGAUGCCACCCUCCAUGUUUGGCUACAAUCCUCAGCCCUCCCGGCAAGACCCAGAGCCAUCACCACCCCAGUAUGAGCCCCAACCCUCUCAGAGCAACACCGAGAGGAAUGUGGACAUAUUGAACCAUGUGCUUAAUGACACUGAGUUUUUCAUGAGAAAAGUUGCUGCUGCCACCGCACGCGAAAAGCAGGACAAGAAGAAGAAGAAUAAGAGCAAGAAUGCCACUGGGGAAGCCUUACCAUCGUUUGAGGAAUUUGUGUCUUUCCUUCAGAAAAUUAAAUAUGGCUUCAAUCUUUUGGGGAAACUGAAUGGUGAGAUUGACAACCCCAGUGUUCCAGACCUUGUCCACUCCCUUUUCGCACUGUUGGCCUUUGUGGUGCCGCGGUACCCAGCAGAAAUCCCCCCGUCAGUGCUGAGCCCAUUCCUGAUAGAUCCAGCUCUCGUCCUUCUGAGUCAAACGGUCACCAAUGACGAGGACCAGCUCUGGAGAGCUUUAGGAGACUGCUGGAAUGUGCCCAGAAAUAACUGGCCGAACAGUGACCAGAUACCUCCUUACACUCCUGUGUUCUAUGAUGGCUGGCAGCCUCCUGCACCUCCCCCACCCACCAAUCAAAACUGGCAGGAGGCCAGGGCCAACAGCCAAAGACAUAGUCAGAUGUUUCCUCCCAGGAAUGAUAUCCAGCAACAACCUAAUCAGGACCAAAUGGGAUGGAACUCGCAACCCCCAAGCUUCGGCGAGUCUCCCCUCUACAUGCAAGUCAUCUAUGACUUUAUGGCCAGGAACAGCCAGGAGUUGAGCGUGAUGAAGGGAGAUGUGGUCCAGGUAAUAGACAAAUCCAGACAGUGGUGGAAGGUGCGCAAUAUCAGAGAUGAAGAGGGACACGUACCCCAGAAUGUUCUGGAACCUAUGGAGGAAGAACGGGAGAUGCGGGCACCCCCAUCCCUAAGCAUGUCAUCCAGACCUGUAGAUAUCAGGGUAUGGCUGGAACACAAAGGCUUCUCUAAGCUAACGGUGAGGACGUUGGGUGUGCUGAGUGGCGAGUUGCUCCUGAAGAUGACUCGAGACGAGAUUAGGAUGGUAUGCCCCGAGGAGGGAGCCAGGGUCUUUUUCCAGCUGCAGGCCGUGAAGUCCUCUCUUGCGUUGGCCGAUGAGAAUGGCUACAACAACUAUAAUGGAUACUAGCCAUUCAGAACUACACUGCUGAGAGGUCAUGACUGACCCAUCCCUGGGACCAUCGUAGACUAACAACCAAUAGAACACACUAGAAUAAUCAUUGUUCUUCACUUGUGAAGUAGUGCAAUCAUAGCCACGUCUCCACGCUGCUGAACUCAACUGCCUUUCUUAAAUGACUAUUUGUUAGGUGUGGGUGUCUAAUGUAUGGUAUGUAGAAUAAUGAAAAGAAGCAUCUGCUGAAAAGAGGUUUGCUUUUAUUAAGUCAAACGGAUUGCCCUUAACUAUUGUUUAGCUAAUACAUUGUCAGAAGUAAAAAAUGAUCAAGAUAUCAAAA